AUGGCAGCGUCCAUACGAACAAUGUUGAUAUUGAAUCUUUUUUUGAAUUUAAGUUUUGUUUCUUGUCUCCCGAGAUUUUUCCACGGGCGGCCAAAACAUGGAAUGCUCGGGGCUCCUAUAUUGCCCCAGGAAUCUGUUCUUCCCCCAGAUAUGUGGAUGACACAAAGAUUGACGCAUUUCAACGAUGCCGAUACCAGAACUUGGCAACAGAGAUAUUUUGUCAAUGACACUUUCUAUGAACCCGGUGGUCCAAUCUUUGUAAUGAUUGGAGGAGAGGGAACUGCUAAUCCAGCAUGGAUGCUUCAGGGAACCUGGAUAGAAUAUGCCAAGACUUAUAAAGCCAUCUGUUUUUUACUUGAGCAUAGAUUUUAUGGGAAAAGCCAUCCUACAGUUGAUUUGAGUGUGGAUAAUUUGCAGUUUCUGAAUAGUGAACAGGCUCUUGCUGAUUUGGCAUACUUCAUUCAGUUUGUUAAACAAAAAUACAAGUUAUUGUCAGAAAAACAGAAACUCAUCACCUUUGGAGGCUCAUACCCAGGUUCCCUUUCUGCUUGGUUCAGACUGAAAUACCCCCAUCUGGUUGAUGGAGCUGUGGCAACCAGUGCACCCAUUGUAGCAAAACUGGAUUUCAAAGAGUAUUUACUAGUUGUUGUUAGUUCCUUAGCAACCACAGGACAAGGGUGCAACAAGAACAUCAAAAUGGCAACAGAUGCUAUCACAAAUAUGCUGAAGACAGAUGCAGGGAAGAAAAAUGUAGAAAAGAUGUUUAAGCUUUGUGAUCCAUUGGAUACUUCAACAUACCUUGAUGGUGCUAAUCUAUUCUCCAACCUAGCUGGGAAUUUUGAGGGUGUGGUGCAAUACAAUAAAGAUAACAGGGCUUUUGAGGGUGCCAUUGGAACUAAUAUAACAAUAGACACCAUUUGUGGCAUCAUGACAGAUGAGAGCACGGGGUCCCCAGUAGAGAGAUAUGCCAAGGUCAAUGAUUUGAUGUUGUCUACAUACUCACAGAAAUGUCUGGAUAACAGCUUUAACAGUAUGAUUAAAGAAUUACAGAAUGUGUCCUGGAAUGCUAGUGCAUCUGAAGGAGGUAGACAAUGGAUGUACCAGACUUGUACAGAGUUUGGAUUUUUCCAGUCUUCAGACCUUGGUGACACACAGCCAUUUGGAAAUUUUUUUGAUGUCAACUUCUCUGUUCAACAAUGUAUCGACAUCUUUGGACCCAAAUUUAACCAGAAUCUAAUACAACAAGGAAUAAACAGAACCAACACAAACUAUGGGGGGAUGGGAAUGAAAGCAACUAGGAUUGUGUUUCCUAAUGGAUCUAUUGAUCCUUGGCACUUCCUUGGAUUUACAAAUGAUUUAUCUAAAGAAUCUCCAGCAAUUUUCAUCCAAGGAACAGCUCACUGUGCUAACAUGUAUCCCACUGCCAGCAAUGACCCACCACAACUAGUACAGGCAAGGGCUAACAUAGAAAAAAUCAUUGCAACCUGGCUUAUGUAGAAGGAAGUAUAGCUACAUAUUGUCAAAAUAAUUUGUGCCAUAUUUGAUUAAACUGUGGUAUUAAGCACAGUAUUAACAAAGUCAAAUAUUUAAGACUGACAAAUAUUUCUGAAAAUAUAUUCAUGGAUGGCUUUUUCUGUCUCCUCACAAAGGAGUUUGAGGGUAUAUACACUGUAGUAACGCGCUUGUGUGUGUUUGUUUGUGUGGUUUGCAUGUGUGUUAGUUUGUUCUUGUGCGAAAUGGAAGUGACAUAAUUGCAUCGGGAUCGAUGUCGAAUGCUGUCUUGAGAAGGGAUGGCCCGCUUUGCGGUGCCCAUUUUUCAUUAUUUACUAAAGAUUUUUAAGUUUGAAAUACAGGUACACAUAUUGACUUAAAAGCUUAUAAAUGCAUUUAAAUCAGUAAUAUACCUCCAUUCUAUUUCAAGUGCCAAAUGAACUAUUACUAAUUGACAUAUUUGGUUUCGUACCUGUUAUAUGUUAUUAUAACUGUUACAGUUUUUCUCUGUACUUAAAUUUAAAUGUUUUAUAAAUUUAUUACCCAUAAAGGUGUGUGUUGUAUCUGUGUUUUAGUGGUAUUUUACAAAAAAGCAAUCAAAACAGUAGUUGCUUUUAUUUCAAAACAUUCUUGCUCUGUAUGAAACAUUUUUAGUUUAAGUUGUUGUUUUUCUCUGAAUGUCUAUAGCAUCUCAAUACAAUUUUGUUGGGGACUUGGGGGCUAUCCUUGUACAUUUUUCUAAUAUUUCAUUAAAAGCUUCUCUUUGGUAUUCUAUCAACGGGUAUAAUGUUUUCUUGUUUUUUUUUUUCUGAAGUGAAAAUGUUUUAAAGAUAGCAGUAAUGUUUCUAUAGGUGAUGAC